UCUUGUUGAAGACCUCCAAUUGUUAGAUUGAUCAUCCACCUCAAUAUGAUGAAGAAAUCAAGCAGCUGGGACGGGGAGACAUGCUAGGGGUUCACCCACUGAAUCUGUGCUGAUCUUAGUGGACAACCUUCUGAGCGUCCAUCUCUUUACACGUGAUUGGCCAAGCAUCAUCAACAUCAAUAAUUCAUCGAUACCGACCGAUUAUCAGAAUCAAUACUACAAAGAAAUAUCACCAUGUCAUCUCGUACAGCAGCACCGACGAUACCGUCGUUGAAGCAGUCUUUCAUCACCAGCCAAACAACACUUCUUUCCCAGCCUCUCGCUCCAUCCCGCUCAUGGCAAGAAACCAACGACGCGUCAGAUGAGGCUAUCCCCGAGCGCGUCGUUCAAGAAGUCCUAUAUAAUCUCAACCACACUAUCCAGCAACAUUGUCGUCGCGUGUACCCUCCGCAGGCUAGUCGCAAUAUUGCUGAGCAGAUCAGUGAUGUGUAUACUAAGGAUGCUGAGCGGAAGGUGGGGGGUCCAACUGAUACUGAGGGCGGCAUUGGCAGAGAGCUAGACUUGACCGAAAAUGAAGCUAUAGAAGCGCUGCCCGCUUCCUGGCACUUGGAAAAAGACAUCAACGACCAUCCCAUGGAGACUAAGCGGUAUGCAGACGCUGUUCAGCAACUCACUGAACUCAACGACCAGCGCAAGCAACUUCGAGAGCAAGUCGCACGCUUGAAGCGUCUUCAAUCUAUCGUUGAGCCGCUUCAGACAGAUGAAAAUGGUGCCGGUAUUCAAGAGAAUCUACUCACUCGAAACGGACCCGUUGAGAAGGAGCUCGAGAGAAUGAGAAUCUUAUUGGCGAGAGUUGGUGGCCGUGUGCUUUCGCUACCUGAGGAAGCUCCGAAUGGUGAGGCGAAGGAAGUCAGCUUGACUGAGAUGGGUGCACAAGGACGCAAGAGACGCGUUGAUCAGUUUCUUGCUGAUGAUAAAGUGUUUCCGUCAUGAACGUGCAUUGAGAACUGGUCACGCCAAAUCUCUCAGUCCAGUGGCAGGCCAUAACCAAAUUUUCUCAAAAUGUGCGGCUAUGGUAAAUGAGUCUGUAUCCCGCAACAUAGGUCAUUUGUCCACUAUCUCGCACAUCGCGUUGUCGGGCUCGGUUGGUCAUCGCCGUCUGAAGUGAUGCCAGGUGCUUCACGGGGAGGUGCGCCCAUUACACGCGGAAGAGCGAGGUCAAGCAGAGUCUAACCAACAUGAGAGAAGCGAGCUUUAACUAUGGAGGAUGUUUCAAGACCGCCGUCGAACGUCUGGGGCAGUGAGUGAGUGAGUGUUGGGCUUGAGUUGCGGUCCGAGAGCGCGCAGUCAGCUGCUACGAUCAGGGGAACUGACGCCGGUCAGUCGUCCAUGUAUGCAUAAACUGCAGGUCGUUGGACAAAGGGUUAACGUCGCCGAGGCUCAAUGUCCAAGAAAUAGUCACUCAUAUUGCAUGAAGGAUUGUUCUUUAGAGACCCUUCUCGCUUAUGGUGGUGACCAAGAUGUUUGCUGGUAUUUCUAGUUGGCGAGACCUACGAACGGUAAUGGUUCAAGCCAUUGACAUAAUUGUGGUCAUAUAUCGAGCUCCAACGACGGUCAGCGUCAAUAAAUAAGAAUCGGGCCCCCCCUUUGAGAAGCAGUCACUCAUCCUCAAGCUGGCGUAUCACCAACGGCCUCACUGCCAAGGCAAACAGAGGAUCUCUGUUCCCAAUCUGGCACUAAAUUGUCUCUCUGGUACGGUUUACAGUGAUAGACCCCAAUGAAUUGGGCCCUGUGCUACCCUUGACUCCCAUGUUAGCCUAAGCUUUCAUCUCCCGUACACAUGUAGACAAUGCGUGAGACACUGUUUAGCCUUGCUGCGUCACUCUUCUCGUCAGUAGCGAAUCAUACGA